AUGGCGAGAUUGAACGACGACUCGCGUCGGGACUCGUCCUGCACGUCGGAUCCCGCACAUCGCGACGCCGAUUCCGCCGGCGAAGACACCGGGCCCGAGUCCGAAAACAAUUCCUCUGCAUCAUCCACGCGUCAGUCAGCAAGCGACAUCUUCGGCCGCAACAUGGACGAGGAACUGGAACAGAUGAAAUCAACAACUUCCAGUCGCUCGUCCCUGUCUUCAGGGCCAACAUCCGUCGUCGUUCAUACCCUCGACGACCUGAAAUCUGCGCAUUCAAUGGAUCCCCACGAAAAAGUCUCCCUAUACACCACCCACGAAAAUGACGAAGCAGUAUUUGGUGGCUUCGGAAGUCCACCACGAUCUAUACACGCCCUUCGUACGCGCGAAGCUGCUUUCCGCAAACCGAGCUCUGUGCGGGCAAUGCAGAUGCACACAGAGGACGAAGCGGAUGAGGACGACUACUUGACACCCCCGAGACGCCGCCCAGGUUUUCGUUCGCCUGGCUCCUCACCGCUGAAACGCUCGCCGUACUAUUCCCCCAGUUCAUCUCCGAACAAGCACAAGGUUCAAAAGGAAUACCCACUCGUGCUCCUUCAUUGCAAUUUGCUAUCACCCUCCCUUCCCAUACCCGGCGCGGCUGAACCUCAUUAUAACAAACUUCUUGCCGAGGUCCUCCCGCCACCGUAUUGGAAGCGAUGGCAGCGACUGCAGGAGAAAGUUGGAUCCGGUAUACUACGUGAUCGGGGUGUGCUGAUUACCCACCCGGAGGAUAUGUAUGAUUUGUUGGAGGAACGGUUACUGGAAUCUUUGGAGCUACGACGCUCUAGGCUGCACAAUGGCCACUUUCUGGGCGGCGAUGAUGGAAAUUCGGACUCGGAGGAAGAUCUCUCGGACAGGGAAGAGAGUGAGACGGAUGGUGAGCAGGGCGAGGAGUGUCCCGACUGUGGAGGCCGGUUUUUGCGGCAUGCAGACGAGAACCGCAAAUGGGAGAUCAAAGUAUUCGCAGCAAAUGGCUUGAUGCGUGCUGACGCUUGGGCAACUGCUUGGAAGGAGAUGGAGAAAGUCGAUGUCGAGGUCGGGCUCUGGUUGCCGCCAGACGUUCGCCGAGAGUUGGAGAGAAGACUGUCACAGGAACGGACAACGAUCUUCGACAAGGUUGACUCACAGGUAUCUGUCAGGAGUGAUACGAAGCUCCAGGGCACCGACGGUCUACACCUACCUGUUUCGCAACAUCUCCGAACGCCCAGCAAUACAAGCACCUUCCUAUCCGGCUUUUCGCCAUCACACCUUUCAGCCCCUCAAUCCCGACCAGACUCCAGAGCGUCGAGUAGCCAAGUCAGCAAACAGCCUGAGAUUGCCUUGCAGACGCUUAUCAUCAACUAUAUUCGCGUGCUAGCAAGCGACAGACGAAAUGUUGCCCUUUUUGUGCUGAGUAUUCUUGUGGCCUUUCUUUCCAUAGGUUCUUGGCAGCAACAACCUACGCCGUAUUCCAAUAUGCGGCCAUUCCCCCACGACGUGUUUGAGCCGGCCUCGGUGUCAAGUGUUAGCGUUAUGCAGUCUUCAAUCUCUUCAGCAAGCAUUGCUGCCACCGAUGGCAGUACGAUUUCUAGCCCGCUGACUGGCGUCCUGGUAGCCGAGACAAUGAUACCGGCUAUUAAAGAGGAGGUUGUUUCUUUGUCAGGCUCGGCCGAGUUUUCAGUGUCAACAGGCGAGUCUGAGGAGACAUCACCAGAACGGGCUCUUUUGGAUGAAGUUCAAUCUGGCAUAUCGGAAAGUGUGGAAGAACUAUAUUGA